CGAUUAAAUUUUUAAGUGUCAUCUGUCAAAGUCAAAAUACACAAAGGAAUUUAAUUAAUUGUUAAAAAAAUACGAAAUAAUGUAGAAAAGUAUAACAAUUAAACAAAAACAAAUUAUAUUUAUUAAUUACAGUUAUGUUAUGUUGAAAAUAUUUUAAAAUUGAUACAAAAAUCAACAUGAAAUCGUUCCGUUUAAAAGUACACCAAAAGAACUUCAGCAGUGACGAUCUCCUGAUAAACCCAAAAGAUUUCUUAGAAGCAAAAGAGGGUGAUAUCGUCGAAAUUCACCACCCAAGCGAAGAUGAAAAUCCCAGACUUCUUCUCCAAAUAAAAUUAUUUAAAGAUGAAUUUAACCUUACGAAAGAUACAAUAAGUGUUGAACAGACGAUAGCAAACACUUUUAAUCUCCGAAAAGAAAAAGAUAUCUGUAUAAGAAUUGUAGAUCCAAAUGAUGUAGCAUUAGAUUCCAUUGAGUUAACAUUUAAAGAUCAAUACAUGGGUCGUUCCGAAAUGUGGCGUUUAAAAAACAAUUUGAUUUAUUCUUGUGUUUAUAUUAAUAAAAAAAUUGAAUUUUGUAAUGGGGCUGUUCGAUGUCAAGUGUACGAAAUGUGGUCUCAAGGUGAUAGAGUUGCUUGCGGAGUGAUAACGGAUGACACAAAAAUCGUUUUUCGAUCUUCAACUUCAAUGGUGUAUCUUUUCUUACAAAUGAGUUCAGAAAUGUGGGAUUUUGAUAUUUACGGUGAUUUAUAUUUUGAGAAAGCUGUUAAUGGGUUUUUAUCGGAUUUAUUUUCAAAAUGGAAGAAAAACGGUAGUAAUCACGAAGUUACGAUUGUUUUGUUUUCAAGGACGUUUUAUGAAGCUAAUUGUUUAGAAGAGUUUCCUUUGUGUAUGAGGGAAUGCUUACAAAAAGAUUAUCGUGGAAGGUAUUAUGAAGAUUUUUAUCGGGUUGCAAUUCAAAAUGAAAAAUACGAGGAUUGGAGUGGAAUUAUCGUUCAAUUACGCCGUUUGUUCUCUGAAUAUUUAAAAUUUGUUUUAGAGUAUCACUCAAAGGAUGAUGAAUUAAUUCCUCGGGCUACAAAUAGUUCUGCUUCGCAAGGAAAUUUCUUGGAGGUUCUAAAUAUGUCUUUGAACGUUUUCGAAAAACAUUAUUUAGAUAGAAGUUUCGAUCGAACUGGUCAAUUAAGUGUUGUUAUCACUCCAGGAGUUGGAGUUUUUGAAGUUGAUCGUGAAUUAGCAAAUAUCACCAAGCAAAGAAUCAUUGAUAAUGGUGUUGGAAGUGAUUUAGUUUGCGUUGGGGAACAACCUUUGCAUGCUGUACCUUUAUUAAAAUUUCACAAUAAAGAUACACAUUUAAAAGUUCCUGAUGACUAUUCAAUGCCGCAUUGGAUAAAUUUAUCGUUUUAUUCAACAAAUCGAAAAGUAGCAUAUUCUGAUUUCGUACCAAGGAUAAAAUUACCACCGUGUUUUAUUGAAGAUGCUGAAGAUGCAAAACAUACUCAACCUAUGUUAACUUGUGAUGAUGAUUAUAUUCAUAACACGUUUUUUGAUUAUGAUGCUUAUGAUGCGCAAAUUUUUCAACCCCCAGCAUCACAUGGUGUUCACGAAUUUGAGUUUCAUAAAACGACGGGACGUUAUAAAAGGAGUUCUGGGGGGCUUUUAGAACCUCACGAACUUAGAGGGUUACGUAGAAAACUUUCGAAUCCUGAUAUUGAGUAUAAUCAUAACAGUGAUUGUGUGAACCGGGAAUCUCAGCCUAUUGCUAUUCCUUCAGCAACAGCGAGUCCUUUAAUUUCCCCACAUAAUGAUGAUAAAUCUUUAACGAUUGCUGAUCGGGAUUUAUCACCUCCGUUACGUAUGGUUGUUGGAUCGGAAGGAUCACCACCUUUAGAAUCAAGAGCUCUAAUAAAUCCUUUUGAUCCUUCUCAUGUAACCAUUAAAUUAACAUCAAAUAGAAGACGUUGGACGCAUAUUUUUCCGAAAGGUCCAAGUGGUGUUUUAAUGCAACAACAUCAUUAUCAAGCAGUUCCAGCGAAAUCUCUAUCUUCUGAGAAUAACCACCAAUUCGUAAACAUUAAAAAUAAUUCAAAUUCGAAAUUGAUUGUGACCCCAGCAUUACAAGAGUAUUGCAAAAAAGAAAAAUCUUUGUUACAACAUAGUAUUGGACAUAGGAAAAUUCCAAUUCCACCAAAAAAUACAUCGAAAACUUUACUUUGGGGUGUUACAGGGGAACAAGAAUGGACGCCGGCUUUAACGACAGUUAAUGAAGUACUUAUAGGUGUUGAUUGGAAGUCGUUAACAAUUCCUGCUUGCCUUCCGAUAACAACGGAUUAUUUCCCGGAUGGACGAUCUUUACAAUUUGAUUACGUUGUUUCGUUGUACAACCUUUUACCGGACGAUGUAAAUGCGGAUUUUUCCCAGCAAAGAGUCGGUUAUAAGAAACCUCUAACAACAAAUGAAGUGUUUAACGAGUUGAUCUCGCAACGAUUAGCGCAAGGAUUUCAAUUGGUGUUAAUGCCGAGUAUGAAGAAAAGUUGUUCUUCGGUUUUACGGAGAAAAGCUUCGGAUGGGGAUCAAACUUAUAUUUUAUCGAUUGGAAGAUUAUUUCAUAAAAUUGCGUUAUCUGGGAAGAAUAUUGAAGUAACUAGAUAUAGACCAAGGCAUCCUUAUCCUGGUUUUAAAUACCAAUAUCAAUAUCGAUUUUAUGCUCCUCAUCAUGAUAAUUACGAGGAAUCAUAUGCAUCAUUUACAACGGAAAAAUUGGAACAUUAUAAUUGGAAUUACGUUGAUCAUUACAUUUGUACUCGUGGGGAUACUGAUUUUCCUUUGGAUUGUUCGUUAAAAUUUUGGAGGUUUAAAAUUUUUUUGUUGCCUUUAAACAACGCUGCAACUAAACGUAUAUUGGAAGGAUCGCAACGUUGCGACAUUUACACUCCAUUAACACCCUCUGAACACCAAUUAAUGGUGGAAGGAUUUUUAAAAUUCACAGAAGCCGUUGUUAAUAAAAUUAAGAGACACAGCGCGACGAAGAAACCUAGGAUGUCUCUGAGCGUUAUAAACUGCAGCGUGCCGUUGGCGCAACCGCGCCGUUAUAGCAUGAGCGCCGUUAACCAGACAUCGUCUACUAAUUCACCGUUCAGGGAACGUUUGGGUAGCAAUCGGCUCCCGGAAAGACCGCGGCCCAGAUCAGGUUCGAAAGUAAUGGAAAGAGGACGAGCUUCACCUGCUAUUGAAAUUUUGCAACAACAUUUGUUGGAAAACUCUCAAUCUCAAGAUACCAACAAUGAUGAACUAGUUUCCACCGAUUUAAUGUUAAAAUCAACAGCGAAUUUCUCAGAAAUCAUUGAAAACUUAAAACAUCCCCAAAGUGGACUUAUUUUAAAUCAUCCAAAUUUACCCCAAAAUACAUUUAUUGCUUCGGAUGCUGUAAAUUGGUUGAUGAAUCACAUGGAGGGUGUAACAACUUUAGAUCAAUCAGUUCAAAUUUUUAUAAAUCUCCAACGUGAGCGAUUUAUUUGUCACGCUUCUGGUGAACCAACAAAACCAUUUCUUUACGGUUUUUAUUUAUAUUUAAUUCAACAAACCGGAAAAUCAUCGAUUGAUGAAAGAGACGGGGACUCACCGUGUUAUGAUAUUCAAAGUUUUGAAAACGAAUGGAUGGAAGUUGAAGUAAAACCAGCACUAAAUUGGGGAUUAUCUGAUGUUACGAAUGCUUUAAAUAUCCCCUCUGCACCAUUAAACAACGAUAACGAAGGGAUUCCACAUUUUUUAAUGGACGAUGUUGAUGUUGGUUAUUUACAAACAGACAUUGAUGGUCCUUUAUAUAAAAGGAUGUACUUGGAUAUUGAUGUUUCAAGUAAAAGUGAUCGUGUUGAAUGGGGUCACGUUAAAUAUCAAACGUUAUUUCGGCCAGAUCAAGCUUAUGAAAUUAUUGUUGAAUGGUUAACAUCUUCGGGAUCAAUCGUUUCCGAAUUAUUAAGUGGUUGGUCGAGAAAAGCUCAAGGAUCAUGUGCUUUACAAAUAGUACCAAUUCCACAUGAUCCAUUAGCUUUACCGUAUUCAAGUAAAUCAGAUCCGUUACGAGGGCCAAUUUUUAUCCCAUUAAAUUUGAAUUGUCUGGGAAAACGUGAAUUUUUAUUCCGAGAGUUACGUUCGCCUCGGCAAAUUGAACGUUUAUUUUUAUUUCAAGAGGCGAUUAUUUGUAAAUUUGGUUUUAUUCCGUGUUUAACUGAAACGGAAAAGGAAUAUACUCAGGAUCGACAAUACGUUCACGCAACUGGAACUGUUUUUAUAUUAAUUUCAAGUCCGAUGACGUCAAAUAGAUGUAAUAAUUUAACGGUUAGGAGUGCGGAACAAACCGAUCGGAAAUAUGGUGCUAUUGAUGUGAUGCCCAGUCCUCACGAGGCGUAUAUUACUAGACACGUUAGUGGGAAAAAUAAAGAUGAUUAUGAUAAUUCAAAAAGGAUGGGAUUUUUAUGGUCUUGGAAUCACAUGAUUAGUCGUCGAUGGAGAACUAAUCCAGCCAUCGAUAACAAUUUCCAAACUAAGUUGUUAAAAGAUUUUCGACAUUUUUGUUUGAAUUAUGAAAAUAGGUUAAAAACAUUUUGGGAUGAAUGUUGGGAGUUAAAAAGUAACAUUUAAAUAUUUUGAGCAUAGAAUUAUAUUGAUAAUAAACGUAUUUGUUCAAUUAAAA